UCUUUAAAUUGCCUUGAUUUGCCUGCAGGAUUCUUGAAAGAGAACAUUAGAGUAAGUACAGAAGGCAAGAACACAAUGAGGGUACACGGAGAACGGUUUGUAGAAGGCAACAAAUGGAAUCGCUUCCAAGAAGUUUAUCAAGCACCUGAUGACUGUAACAUGAGAGGUAUCCAUGCCAAAUUUGAGAAUGGAGUCCUCAUCAUCACUAUGCCUUGGAAACUACCCAAGCAAUUAUUAGAUGAACCCAUAAAACAACUCCCUCUAUCAACCCCACCACCCCCUCAGAAGGAUGAUAAUGUUCCUCCCAAAACUACUUAUCCAACAAUUGAAACCCCAAGAAAACCAACCCCUUUAAGACUCAUAGCCCAAUUGCCAAAGCCUCAAAAUGUUGACAAUCAUCAAGAUUCUAAAGGAGUAAAGGAAAAGCAAAAAGAUGAGAAGAAAAUCUUGGACGGCCAAUUAGGGAGUGCUGAAUCAUCAAAGACUCAAAAGGGUGAUUACGAAACAGAUUUUCCAGCUCUUAAAACAACCCCAUUGGGAAGAACUAGUGGUGAUAAGGAAAAACUAAAAGAUGAGAAGAAAAUCUUGGAAGGUCUGGUAGGGAGUAUAGAGCCAAAUAUUCAAAAUAAAGAAGAAAACUUGAAUCAGAACAGAAUGCAAUUGGUCAAAAGUGACAAGGAAGUUGAAAAGAAGGAGAGUUAUGACAUAGGAGGACAGAAGGUUGCUGAAAAGAGUAAAGAAUUAAUAGGAGAGUUUCAAGAAAAGGUUGAGCAGAAAGGAUCAAUAGAAAAGGAAAGUACAAGUAAUGAUGUUGGUACCUCUUCUUACCCUGGUGGUGAAUUCAGUAUUGGAAACUUGAAGAAAAGCCUUCCACAGCUUAAUGAAGAGAGACAACUGCUUGUUAAUGCUGGAGGUGUUGUGCUGGUGAUUAUGGCACUGGGGGCUUAUGUGUACAACUCCGUCAGAUAAGGGAGAGCUGAGUAAAUAUCAAUCACUUUCAAUUAUGUAAAAAUGUACAGAUUUAC